CUCCAUUCACAAAAAAAUGUACGACUACUAAGGUGCUCUAGUAGAGCAGGUCCCUUUGCACUGUCCUUUAUAUACACCCGCCUUUCAGGUCUCAUUUGAUGAGAAUAGGACUCCAACCUGCGAGUCAACGAUUGGGUAAAAUGUAAAACUUAAACAGCGUGCGCGCCUGUCGGAGGCGGUAAUGCACCGACUUUGCUGUUGGUCAGUUGCCAAAAAACAUAGAAGAAGAGUCCACGCCUCCAGGACACAAUAGCCCUUCUGUGCGAAGCAAAGUGUAGAGUAAGGGGGCUGUUUUUUUGGUUUUUUUACCUGGCUACGACAAAGCUAACCCGCGUGCAGAGAGUCUGGAAGUAGAAGACGGUUGAGUUUUCUUGAGAUUUUCAUGGGUGGAGCCCUCAGAGAGGAGAAUAUUUGUGGAUUUAUUUAAAGUGGAGUUUGGCAGGGGUCAGUCUCCAGAGUAUGGAGAAAUCCAGGGAUGAAUCCAAACCUUGUGAGCCGCUUGUGAGAUCUUUGGAGAGACUCCAGGAAGAGCUUCAGGCACCAACUAUGAACAGCAUGAAAUGCAGACUGGAAAUGAUCGCCAAACAACAAGGGAUGGGUUUUCACUUUACUGAGUCCACCUGCUACCUGACAGCUGACUUUUUCUACCUGGAAGUGUUGCUGCUGCCGUCUGGUGAGGUGCAGGAGGUAAAGGUGGCUCUACAGGGAGAACACCCUGCUCCCAGCAGGUCCCUUUUGCAUCUUCUUAGGUCCAAUAACUUUUCUGAUUUUUCCAUGAGGCUGGGAGAACUGUUUGCUCAGUACAACAUUCCUGGAGACAAUGAAACAAAAUCAAAAAUGUUGAAAUCCCUACAAUGCCUCUGGAAAGACCUUCAGCAAAUAUCAGAUAUGCCAAAUGAACCAAAGUGCUUUGAAGCUCAAAUGGGCUUAAUAAACAAUGGCAGGGUUGGCUUUUUAAUGGCAGAAAAACAAGAUUAUCCUCCAUCUCUUUACUUCUAUGUCUCACCAAACGAUUGCCUGAAGAACUCAGAGUUGUCAUUUGAGGAAUUGCAGGAUUUCAAACCAGCUGUCCAGGCAGCCCGGGCUACAAUCGGAGUCAGCGACUUGACUCGCAAGCUUCAGACGACAUCUCUAAUCUCAGAGGCUCCUCAGCUGGACACUCAGAGACUGAAGACACCAAUACCUGUGCUUUUUCAUAUUGUGGAGAGAGUUGGACAAAUCACAGGCGUGACUAUACCAGAUUGUGACCUCCAGUGGGCACCAUUACCCAAGCUUCUGAUGAAAGCUUCUGCAAGUGCAAACAGCCCCUCAGAGCCAUUAGAUGGACAGGAGAUCUUUACAGUGGUUUUUCCUGAGGGUGGGAUGCACACUUAUGUUCUCCCUGAUUCUUCGUGGGAUGUUCCCACACAAAGAGCAACUUUGCUGGCCAGCGUUCCUUUCACCCAGCCGGCUCACGUCUCAGCCGUGCUGGAGCUGCUGCGUCACCAGUGUGCCUUUAACACCCUGCUGAGGAGCUGCUUGACUCAGAGUGCCAGUCCAGCUUCAGUUUGUGACCUGCACUUUGAGGUUCGCCCAGAGUACACUACCAGCAUUUCCGUGACCUUCCGUCAACCCCACAUUGACCGUCUUGCUGUCUUGCUGGUCAACAUACCUAAUCCCCGUCAGAUCACCUGCCAGUUGUUUGGAGGAGGACUUUAUGAUUUAUCUACUGCCAUACUGGACGAAUACAUCUCCAUAGUUCUGACUAGAUGUAUGUCCAUUCCUGUGGCCAUGAGGGCAUUAUACAUCAGGCUGGAGAAAACCACCAGCUGCCCCACCACCGCAGUAGCUGAAAACGACCGUUUGAGUCCUGUGAUGGACACCGAUGGCCAGUCGCCUGCAGCCUCCCAAAGCGCAGCCAUGCCAGAGCAUGACGGUGUUCCUGGUUCAGUUCACGGUGCCGUAUCUGUCUCUAAAUCUGAGCUUCAUCCUGAAAUGAGCGCCAGCAUGCCUGACGACCUUCACCCAUUCGUUCCUGUGGCUCCAAUGGCAAACUGUCAGAGCUGAUCUCAACAUAAGGAGGGCUUAGCAGCUGCCUGCGUCACAGAUUAUUGGACUUUAUUAAGAAACUGGCCACUGUGUAACAAUUUGAGAUGCUGAUGGUUGAAUCUGUCUCACUAUGCAUUCCAGUGUGGUAGGGAUGGCUGGCUGUAAAGGUUUUUGAGGUCUGGCAGUGGGCCUCAAAAGGGCAGGAAACCAGUUGCUUGUUACCAUGUGAGCCAGUAAGUCCUGGUUUAAAUGUCUCUAUAUUGGCUUGUGGAGACCAAACAGAUCUGACAUUUUUCAGCUUUGAAAAAAUGAAAACUUUGUUGAAUAAAGAAACAAUUUGGUUUGAAUAGAGAAAAAAAAGCUAGAAGAAAUUUCUUGAUUACAGUUGAGGACCAUCUUGCUUUUUCUGGACUCCUGCCAGGACUUGUACAAAUAUAGAACAAAAGCCUGUAGCCUGUACAAUCGAAGAAGAAAUGUUUAUACGACUACAGAGGAGACAAUGUGAUUUUUACUGCAUUACAGGUCUUUGUAUACAAUUUUCUAAACCUACUGAAAUGGAGGAUUUUUUAUUAGUUUUAUUUUUUUAACAUGUAUUUAGAAUAUUUGAUCCAACUGUUGACAGUAGACAACUGGCUUUGUCUGUAUGCAUAUCCAAAGACCUGUGUGACUGAUAUUCAUUGAAGUAGCCAAACAUGUGGGGUUAGAAAUGCUCUCUUCUUUCAGAGGAACUGUGUCCUUGAAAUAUUUUUGUUCUGGCUGGUUGAGAACGUUCACAAAAGGAGCACAUGAUGAUGCUGGAUUUUAAAUAACUGUCCAAGCCUUUGUAAACCUGAGAAAGAAAUGUAGCCAUUUACACAGAAUAGUAGAAAGUGUGUUUUGUAGGGGUCUUGGUGAAGCUUUCAAGUUUAAGUAAACUGUACACACACACACACACAGUCAGCUGGUGGUGGCAGCAUCAAAAUGUUGGGCUGUUUUACAGCGUUGCAAAUCUUUACUUCAAAUUGCCAUGUAGAAUAUUGAAAUAAAGAUACAGGGCAAUGUUCUAGUAAAACAAUAAUAUGAGGACAGCAGGAGGGAAUUUAAAAUAUAUUUUCACUAUAUAAUGUAUUACAACUAAAAAUUAGAAUAUUAUAUCAAAUAUUGAGCUUGAAAGUUUGACCAGUCUAAAGGAUAUGCUUUCCUACCUCCACUAAUAAAAACUGAAAUUAC